AUGAGGAGUCCUUAUGCUGAAGAAGUAGAAUAUUCUGAAAAAUUUAAUAUGGAUACUCACGAAUAUAGGGCAACCAGAGGAAAUGGUCAAUUAAUUUCGGAGGAAGAAUGGCGACAUGUUCUUGGAUUACAAAUGAGUAGAGGAUGGGUACAUUUUUUGGAUUGGAAAAAAGAGCCUUGGGUUCUAUGUUUCAGAAGGCCACAGGGGACAAAUCCCCAAACAGGAAAAGUGGAUAAUAAAUCUACGGAGAACGUAAAUCAAAUGAACAAAUAA